AUGUUUUUAACUAGAAGUGAAUAUGAUCGUGGUGUAAGCACAUUUUCCCCAGAAGGUAGAUUAUUUCAAGUUGAGUAUUCUUUGGAGGCCAUCAAAUUAGGAUCUACAGCAAUUGGUAUUGCCACGAAAGAAGGUGUUGUGCUAGGUGUGGAGAAACGUGCUACUUCCCCAUUAUUAGAAUCUGAUUCUAUUGAAAAAAUUGUGGAGAUUGAUCGUCAUAUUGGUUGUGCAAUGAGUGGGCUUACAGCGGAUGCUCGUUCCAUGAUUGAACAUGCGCGCACUGCCGCAGUAACACAUAAUCUAUACUACGAUGAGGAUAUUAAUGUCGAAUCAUUAACGCAAUCGGUGUGUGAUCUUGCUCUAAGGUUUGGUGAAGGUGCCUCCGGUGAAGAAAGGCUAAUGUCUAGACCAUUUGGAGUUGCUUUGCUAAUUGCUGGCCAUGAUGUGGAUGAUGGUUAUCAACUUUUCCAUGCAGAACCAUCUGGAACUUUUUACCGUUAUAAUGCUAAAGCCAUCGGUUCCGGUUCUGAAGGAGCACAGGCAGAAUUAUUGAACGAAUGGCAUUCUUCCUUAACUUUGAAAGAAGCUGAGCUUCUUGUCCUAAAAAUUUUAAAGCAAGUAAUGGAGGAAAAACUUGACGAAAAUAACGCACAAUUGAGUCGUAUAACAAAGCAAGACGGGUUUAAAAUAUAUGAUGACAAAAUGACUGCUGAGUUGAUAAAAGAGUUGAAGGAGAAAGAGGCUACAGAAAGUCCUGAAGAAGCGGAUGUUGAAAUGUCAUAA